AUGGAUAGAGAACAACGUACAGAAAAAGAAACAGAACAAGAAACAGAAAAAGAUACAGAACAGGAUAUAGAAGUGGAUAGAGAACCCGAGAGAGAACAAGUUACGGAACAAGAAACAGAACAGGUAAUAGAAAUGGAUAGAGAACCAGAUAGAGAACAAGAUGUAGAACAAGUUACAGAACAAGAAACAGAACAGGGUAUAGAAAUGGUAGAGAAAGAAGACAAGAAACAGAAAAAGGUAUAG